AGGAUGAAAACCGCCGUGCUUCUUGUUGCUCUGUUCGCCAUCGCUAGCGCCGAAUGGAUCGAUAUUGAUUGGUCCCAGGUGCGCCCGAUCGAGGAGUUCGAUCACUAUUGGGCUCGUCUGCCAGCUGAAAUGCAGAUCUACCGCAAGCUGAUUCCGACCCACCGUGUCGUCAAUGGACAGGAGGCUACCCCCGGUCAGUUUCCGUACCAGAUUGCGCUGUUGAGCACGUUCCCCACCGGAACUGGGCUGUGCGGAGGUUCCGUACUUACCAACAACUAUAUCCUGACCGCUGCCCAUUGUGUCAUCUCCGGUGCUACGACUCUGGCUACGGGAGGUACUGCCAUCAUCGGUGCCCAUGAUCGCAGCGUGGUGGAGCCGACCCAGCAGCGCAUUGCUUUCUCGGCCGCCGGUAUCAUUCCUCAUCCGGAUUAUGCUUCAACCAACAUCCGCAAUGAUAUUGCAGUUGUGCGCCUGAACUCCCCGAUCGUCUACACCGACCGCAUUCAGCCUGUGCGUCUACCCGCUCGUUCGGACACUCGUCAGUUCGGAGGAAUGAUCGGAACCGUAUCUGGAUUCGGACGUACCACGGAUACUGGUGCAGCAUCGACUGUUGUGAUGUACACUACUAACCCAGUCAUGACCAAUGCCGAUUGUAUCGCACGUUGGAACACCGCCGUGAUUCAGGCCCAGAACGUGUGUCUUAGCGGAGACGGUGGUCGCUCGGCCUGCAACGGAGACUCUGGUGGCCCGCUGGCCGUCCAGGAUGGUGGAAGCCUCCAGAUUGGUGUUGUGUCGUUCGGAUCUGCCGCUGGUUGCUCCGUUGGUAUGCCCUCGGUGUACGCUCGUGUAACUUUCUUCCUGGACUUCAUCGAGUCCAACUCUGACUUCGUCGCUGCUGCUUAA